AGAUUUUACAGAAGCUGCAACAGACCUCCACGCCCAAAAACCUUUCCUUCACUUUUUGUUUCAAUCUUUGAACUUUCUUCUGAACUUUUUCCAACAAUUGUCCUCGUGUGCAAAAAAUAGGAGAAACAACUGGUAACUUUUUAGAGUAGGACUGCAGUUCUACUAGGUAUUUUUUUAGACCGCGCAGAAAAACGAAGCUGGUAUAAGCAGAUACAUUUUGCCUGAACUACUCAGAGACAGAGUUCCAAACACACCGACAAGAAAGUAGUACCUAAAAAUAUAUAUUUGUAUCGUGGUGCGCCCAUUCCAACGAGAGUUUUUUUAGAGUAAGUAUAUUUGAAGUAGGUUUCAAUCUAAUCGAUGGAUUAUUUAUCAUUGGAGCAGUCAUUGUCAUUAAAUCUGGUCAAGUUCUCUUAGUCAAACCUAGUAAAUUUAAAGAAGAAAUCUGUCAGUAUCAGUAUAACCAGUCAAAUCAAAUAAAUCCAUCUACUACAACAAAAUCAAUCUUGAAACAAAAUGGUAUCCUUUCAUCAUUCUUUGGUUCCUCUGAAUCCGGAGGUUUUGUUCGAGGCACCACCGGCUCCCUCAUCUUCGGAUUGUCCGCCUCGACGCAACUCGUAUACACGCAGCCGCGAAGAUUUCCUAGAAACGACGAAGAUUGGAUUUCGGAAGGUACAAUUUUUCAACAUUGAUGAGUCAAUACAUAGACCCUAGUACAAAUACGGGGACAAAGAAGAUUGGAUUUCGGAACAAGGUACUUACCUAGAAGUACUACUUGCUUCUAGAUGACAUGAUUGAAGUAGAUUGAUCCUUUACUUUCCUUACGAUCCUAUCGCUCCGUCCACUAACUCUAACAUGGGAAACCCACUUGUCGUCAACACUCACACUAUCUUCAAAAAAACACAUUAGAUGUAUUACGUUAUGGAGGAGCUAUUUCAUACGGCGUUGGCCCAUCAGUUGCCGCACGGAUUCAGCUUCCUGGACAUCGGCGCAGCCCCUGGUGGUGCUAGUCAGUACCUGCUUAAUAUUAUGCUUGAAUAAAAAGUGAGUUUUUGUCUUCUACCACUGCAUCUACUUCAAGAACAGGGUAGUUACUGGGUGUCAUUCUUCGUUCUACCACCUGAUAUCGCCGAAAUAAAGGAUACUAUAGCGAAAUAAAUCAUACUUCCAAAUUAGUAAUUAUAGCGCCGAAAUAAAGGAUACUUCCAUGAAGUUAAUAGUAAUCUAGUUAGUAGGAUACUUCCAAAAUAAAUCUUAGUAGGAUACUUCUUGUGCAGCUCUAAUCUCCUGCCCGAAUGCGCUUGUGGUUUUGGUAUGACUCUGCCAGUACCGGAUGGUGGCUUCCCAAUCGCAGUGCGCAGUCAAGGCCGUUACCAAAUCCACUUUGGGGACCUACUGGAGUCCCCGGACCGGACUUGGAUCGCAGAGACGACGGGACCAGUCCACCUGGUGUUCGCGGAUGCGCAGUUGCUCAAGAAGAGCCGCCAGCGCCACUGGCCGCGCAGUGACCAGGAAGCACGUACGUGCCUGCUGACGAGCCAAGUGCUCAACGGUCUAUGGAACUUGGCUCCGGGAGGAACGUUUGUGAUCCGUCUGUACGCCUAUGGCUCUGACAUGUGCAGGAAUGAAACCAGGCUGAUAUUUCUGUUGAUGCAGCAUUUUGAGGUACUUACAUCAGUUCAUGAUGGCGAGCGACAGUGAAUUUGGAUGCUAUUCUUCAUUGCUGUAAUUUCUUGCUUUUCCUCCAUCUUCAAAUUACGAAUUCCAAUCACGAUCUAUAUCAGUCACACACCUCCUCACAUAUUUAGUACUUUUAACUUACACGUAUCGGUAAACGUAAGACUCACUUUUACACUCACCACAGACUGUCCGUCCUUUCAAGAGCGCCACAUAUCAUGCAGCCG